AUGCGAGAUACUUCCGGAAGGUUCCACAUUCUGGCAUUUAUGGAUGAUUUCAAAUGCCAUACAAGUUCGAAAAAAGGGCUGAAGACCUUAACCCAAGAACUGGAACGAAGUACAGCUGAACUGGGCCUUAGAUUAAAUACGGAAAAAUGUGGAAUGUAUAGCAGGGUGACAGAACCAAUAAAAGAAGAGGAAACUCCUUUCUUGCCAGCAGUGAGAAAUGGAUAUAAAUAUCUGGGAAUUGAACAACUAGAGAGAGACACCACCACCAAUUUCGAAACAGUCAGUAUGAAGGCAAUACAGACCACCGAACAGAUAUUCAAAUCAUCAUUGACAACGCCACAAAGGGCACAUCUGUUCAACAGCACAGUCAUACCCAGUAUUAUUUACGUUAUGGGCAAUCUCUAUCCCGACGAGAAGAGAGCAACAACUCUGAAAAAAUGCCGUGACUUGGACAAGGAGGUCAGAAAAAUCCUAAUCAAAGAAAACAUCAAGGGGAAAACAACAUCUAAUGACCACGUAUACCUUCUUACCAACAAGGGAGGUAUAGGCUUGAGAUCAAUCGAAGUAGAGACAGAAAUCCAGAUGGUUAAAAAGGGAAUUUAUGUAAGAUCACACCCAGAAAUGCAGGCAACGUGUAAAAGCUAUGAGGCCUUGAAGAGAGGGGAUGGAGAAAACCGCUGA